AUGCUGAAGAAGAAGACCUUGGCGCCCGCCUUCUUUUGGAACUUCUCUCCAUCCACCACCCCCGAAUUAUCCCCUACCUCGUCGGACAGUGAUUCCGACGAGGAUAUGGACUCGUCCGGCUCCCGACCCGUUAGUCUGGCCGUUUCGUCGGGAGCCUUUUGUCCCAUGCGACCAUCCCUCGACGAUGUCCUGGCCAACACCGCCCCUCCACCAUACACCCUUAGUGCCUUCAUGGCCUACCUCUCCCAAAACCAUUGUCUGGAAACCCUCGAAUUCACCCUCGAGGCCAAACGUUAUCGGGAAACAUAUCACACCUUGGUCGACCGAUUGGGUCUCACCGCCGUCACAACCGAUACCCCCGAGGCUCAACAUCUCCACAUGCUCUGGCAGCGCUUACUGAUGGCCUACAUCUUCCCCGGCGCCCCGCGAGAAAUCAACCUCUCCAGCGAAGUCCGAGAUGGCCUCCUCGAUCACCGAAACGCAAUCAUCCCCCCGGUCCCCGACACCCUCGACUUCGCAGUCAAGAACAUCCACGAGUUGAUGGAGGAAUCUAUCUUCCUGCCCUUUCUCAACAGCCACACUACCUCCCCCUCAGUCUACCCCUCCGAACCCCCCUUCGCCGCAGACGACUCCAUCAACCUGUCCACAACCAGUCUGGAAGAGCACCUGGUCAACCGCGUUCGCUCAAGGGUAAAGCGCAUCUCGCCUCAGUCCUCCAUCAAGGAUCUCCCCGGCUCCCUCAACACCCGCAGCAACAACAACCACUCCCUCGGCGCCGUCCACGCUGUCGGGAAACGCUCCUCCGGUGCUCUGCUCAGUACAAGCGGCGACUCCAUAGCCAUGGCUCUCACGGACGACUCGACUAGUCCUCAGUCUAGUCCGACCGCAGAAGAACCAAUGACCCCGCCUACCACCCCGCCCGCUAGCGAGCCUCAUCUUCCCAUGCACAGUCCCAAGUUGCGCACUGAGAAUCCGUGGAAGAAGAUGGGCAUGAAGCUGGGCUUCAAGAAGCGCUCUACCGGGAGUGCGUCUUCUCGUGAUCCUAAAAUCCUCGGCCUGGACGACUAG